CAGCCAGGAAGGGUGGGGGUGGAGGAUAGGCUCCCCUGGGACAGGGGAGGAAGUGCUACUCUCAGAAGAAGCUGUGGGGUGGGGAAGUCUGGAACCAAGAGAAUCUGAGCUUUUUCCCUGUUGGUGGGGCCGCCAGGCCCAGCUGCUUGAGGAAGGCCUGCUGUGCUAAUGACAAUGAGCCAGUGCCCUGCCUUUGCUGCCGGUGUGGACCUGGCCAUGCCAACAGACCCACCACCCCAUGCCCACACCUCGUGACCCGAAAGGACAUAGCUACCACUUCUUGGUGCACUUUAAAAUCCUGGGCUAGUGUAUAUGGUCCAGCAUUCCUUGUGGAUGGCACUCCUCUCUUGUCCCCACCUGGCACCUGGCUUCUUGCCUCCCCCCCCCCCCCCCCCCCCCCCCCAGUAGCUCAGGACGCACUAUUUCCUAGGUGUUCCACUGUGCUACUUCUGGGAAGGUUUUGACCACAGUCUGACCUUGAAAAGCCGCUGAGUUCCACCGUCUGCACACCUGCCCCAGUCCCCCAGGAAAAGCCUGAGCUUCCAGUCCUCUUCAGACUUCUCUUAGAACUGUGGGCACGAAUCACUGCUGUGUGGCAGGGUGGGUGGCAGGCUUCUCCCAGCCUUCUUGCUCCAGGUGAUGUCCCCAGUGGACUCCUGGCAGUCACAUCACACUGUGUUUCCAGGGCACUUAGGACCUUCUGUUCCUUUACACACGAGGCUGUGUGCGGCCCCCCUGCACUCGGGCAGUCAGCUGACAACCUGAGCAAGCCUUCCCAUCCGAGCUGUUCCCUGCUCCGGCCUGUUGGGCUAUUUAGGGAUCUUUACUGACAUCUACAUAGCGUUCAUGCAUUUGAUACUUAUCCCUUUUAUGUCUCUGCUGAAGUCAGUGUAAAAUAAAUCCCAGCUGUACUUUCAGGCCUCCUCCCAGCCCUGACCCACACAAGGGCAGGCCCUGUGAUGGAGGCACUGAAUGGCACAGUGCCUCCUCAGCACCUGCAGGCUCACCUGGCUUCUCCAUCUGUCCAUGGUGACUACCGAAUCUCCAGCUUGGAACUCCCAUACAUGGUUGUGUGCCAGGGGCUCACAGGGCUGCUUUGUAUGGUCCAGCGCCUUAGCUCCUAUGCUGUCUUUGCAGCAUCCAUGUCUUACAUCAGAGUCACUGAAGACAGGCGUUUCCCACAGGACCCCUGGCAUAGAGGGACAAGUCAGCCUUGAAGUUUAGACUGUGCAGUCCCAAGGGUUGGUGACCUUCAUUCCUCAGGAGUUCUUGACCUCAUUAGGCAUGUCAGGACCCAGCCGAAGCACUGUGGUCAAUGUGUAGACAUAACUGAAAUGGCAGGCUCCAUAAGACAUCCUUCAAGUGUUUUUGUUUUGUUGUUUUGUUUUUUUUCUGAAUAAAGGAAAACCUCUCUCCAAGUAUAAUUUUCAAAAAAGAGUGACUUAUAGCCAAGUGGUGGUGGUGCAUGCCUUUAAUCCUGGCCGAGGCAAAGGCAGGCGGAUCUCUGUGAGUUCGAGGCCAGCCUGGUCUACAGAGUGAGUUCCAGGACAGCCAAGGCAACACAGAAAAACCCUGCCCCCCCACUCCAAGAAGGGACUCAUGCAAAUACAUAAUGAACAGUUUUUAUUUAACUCAUUUGAUCAUGGUAGGAAUUUGAAAAAGGGAAUGUUGCAGUCAGCCCAGCAGUGACCCGGAGAAUUUGUUGCUAGCUAAAACAAGCAACUGUCUAUUGUUCCUCAAGACACAGAUGCAGUCUUCAGUGUGAGGACUUGUUCCGUUUUGAUUUUGAUGAACCAGGCUCAACUGUUAGCUAGGCUGGCCUUGAGCUCAGGAGCCUCCAACCUCCAUCUCCUUGGGGUAAUCUUUUAAUUACCAAAAGCCAACGGUGGCAUAUUCUGCACACAAUCAAAUCGCCUAACCCUGCAGCAAGCCUGCUAAUCUGGAAAGGCAGGCCAUCUCCAUCUUGAGUUUGUGAUCAGUUUGUUUGCGCCAUCAAGGCUCGCUGUGCAAUGGGAAGGUCAUUGUCACUCUGUGCUAUGGGGAGCCACACCAGUUUGUCGAUGCGUAUUAAGAAUGUAAAACUUGCUGGGCAAUGGUGGUUGCACUGGGAAGCAGAGGCAGGAUGAGCUCUGUGAACUUGAGGCUAGCCUGGCCUACAGAGUGAGUUUCAGGAUAGCCAGGGCUACACAAAGAAACCCUGUCUUGAAAAACGGAAAAAAAAAAAAAGAAGAAUGUAAAACUUUUCCCGCUCUUUAACCCAGCAGUUUCACAUGUGAAAUUCACUGUAUUCUAAGUGGAAGCCAACUAAAGACAUGAAUACCUCUCAGUCAGGGUAUUGAGCCCCACACACAGACCACACACAGACAGCUGCCGCAGCUUUGGUUUUACUGCAGAGGUUGCAUUCCGAUGAUCAAUGGAGGAGAAAUGUGGCAUCUUACGUACAGUUGGCAUUUCUGCUUGUUCUCUAUGAGAAAGACAAAUGCUGCACAAUAUACCAUCUCAUCAGCACCCAGACGCACAGGGAAAAGGACUAGCAGAAUGGCAACAAGCAUCUUUGUGGUAGAGAUAUGCAUUGAUGUAUUUAAGUUUUUUGGUCUUGCAGAUUUUUAUAUGGUUAAACUUUGGAGCUUUUAGAACCAGAAGUGGGUAAACAAAACCUAAAUAAAAUUGCAGUUCCCUGAGGAACUAAGUGCUGGCGCGCCUGCUAUUGUGUGUGGCCCGCCAUCACUACCUGCUGCCUCCACCCUCUCUGCACUGGGCUGACAUUCUAGGCCUGACAUUUUCAUCCAGAGCUGGAGAGCCCCUGGAGAGUGAGGUGAGAUGAGGGCGGAGGGCUGCCCUGUUUGUUUCUCUCUCCCUAAGUUGCUGUAGAUGCCACAGUGUGGGGAGAGGCCUACAGAGCAGCAAGAGCCCCUAAAGGGACUCUUUAAGUCCCGGGUGGGAGCUGCUUUGUGUACCGCACACUUGCUGCUCAUCCAUGGCCCCCAGAGUCCAACCGUGACUACACAGUGGAAUCUUUUAAAUAAACACUGCAGCCAGGGCUCACCCACAUUCCAGUUGGCUGUUUUAUGGAUGGGCCUCCAUAUCAGAGUUUUCCCCAGAAGUUCCCCAGCUGACUUAGGCAUGAGAGGAUGGCCAAGAACAGCUGGAUUAGAGGCUUCUGCUCCCCCCUCCCUGCAUCCCCACAUGCUGGUGGUUCUUCUUCCAGGACACGGACACACGUGCAGCCAUGUCCAGCACUUGGGCGGUCAACUGAUGGCCGGAGAGCAAGCCUUCCCACUGAGCUGAGGUGUGCAGAUUAUAGUGUUCCCAGAAGAUGGCAUCCAUGGGUUCAACUUCACAAGAACAUCCAUUUACCCAUUCUUGGACUUCAUGCCAUCUCCCAGGCUGGUCAGGUGGAACCCCUGUCUGGAGCCCUUUCGGUUCAAUGAUACGGAGGUCCUCCAGCGCCUGAGUUGUAUGGCCAUCAAGGGACAGAUGUUCUUGGUGGCCAAUCUUGGAACAAAACAGCCUUGCCUUCGCAGUGACCCCAGGUGCCCAGAUGACGGGAGAUACCAGUUUAAUACAGAUGUGGUGUUCAGCCACAAUGGAACCCUUGUUGCCCGCUACCGUAAGCACAACCUGUACUUUGAGGCGGCUUUUGAUACCCCUGCUCAUGUGGACCUCGUCACCUUUGAUACCCCCUUUGCGGGCCAGUUUGGCAUGUUCACUUGCUUUGACAUCCUGUUCUUUGAGCCCACCAUCCAACUCCUCAGAGACUCCAAGGUGAAGCACAUUGUAUACCCCACGGCCUGGAUGAACCAGCUGCCGCUCUUGGCAGCCAUUGAAAUCCAGAAAGCAUUCGCCACUGCCUUUGGUGUCAGUGUUCUGGCAGCUAAUAUCCACCACCCGACUCUGGGGAUGACUGGCAGUGGCAUCCACACCCCUCUGAAGUCCUUUUGGUACCAUGACAUGGACAACCCCGAAGGCCACCUUAUAAUUGCCCAGGUGGCCACAAACCCCCUGGGACUUGUUGGGAUAGAGAAUGCAACUAGUGAAACGGACCCAUCCCAUAGUAAGUUCUUAAAAAUCCUGGCUGGUGGUGACCUGUCCUGUGAGAAGGACGCCCAGGAAGUGCACUGUGAGGAGGCUGCCAAGUGGAACAUGAACGCACCACCUACUUUCUACUCAGAGAUGAUGUACGACAACUUCACCCUGGUGCCUGUCUGGGGAAAGGAAGGCUAUGUCCAGGCCUGCUCCAACGGUCUCUGCUGUCACUUACUCUACGAGAGGCCCACCCUGUCCGAAGAGCUGUACGCCCUGGGUGUCUUUGAUGGGCUCCACACGGUACAUGGCACUUACUACAUUCAAGUCUGUGCCCUGGUCAAGUGUGGGGGCCUUGGCUUUGACACUUGUGGGCAGGAGAUCUCAGAGGCACAAGGCCUGUUUGACUUUCACCUGUGGGGGAACUUCAGCACUUCCUAUAUCUUUCCUCUGUUUCUCACCUCAGGGAUGACUCUGGAUACCCCUGACCAGCUCGGAUGGGAAAAUGACCACUAUUUCUUGAGGAAGAGUGGACUGUCCUCUGGUCUGGUGACAGCGGCUCUCUAUGGGCGGUUGUAUGAGAGGGACUAGAAAAAGUGUGUGGUCAGUGGAGUGGGCUGUGCCAGCAUGCCUUUCCACAGGACCGUCUCUACCCAGAGGGUGGAAAGGCACCUCUGUGGCACUGGGUCCCACCCUCGGUCCCACCCUGGGAACUGUAAGAAGAUGGGAGAGGCAGUUCCUUCUUCCUUUCUACAUAAUGACAGACAUUUUGUGGUAUUUUCUAUUCACACUCCUUUUCAAACCACACCUUCUUCCUACUACGCAAUUAGUUUUAAAUGCUAAAAUAACAAAUAGACAUAAGUUGCUACUUUACAA